CGCUUAUCCAUGUCAGAUUUAUAAAUAAGAAAAUAUUGUAUUCUUCACAUAUUUCUCCACUCAUGCUUGCGAAUCUGUCAAAGAAAAGUACAGGAAACCUGAGAAGUAAGAAUGAUUUAUUUACUUUUUAUAUUGUUUCAAAGUGUUUCAAGUGCUACUUGUAGGUGAUUGAGUAUUUUACAAAGCAAUUCAUCCUUAUUUGAGAGAAAGCCCUUGCGUGUUGUAGAGUCUAUACAUUUACUGCUUUGGUGAAACACAUGAUCACGGGUAUUGUGCUGACAAGUAAAGAUUCUGGGAGUCGAGUCAACGAUCAUUGGAUUCUGGCCCGACUAAAGGAGGCAACUCAGCGUUGCGAACUGCGUCGUCUUAGCCGUGCCCCAUAUGUAGUGUUUAACCAAUGGAUUGUCAUUGUAACUGCACCAGUGAGGAACAAAAGUGCCACAAAAUGGACCUGUCUUCUUUUGUUCAUCCUGAACAUACUCACUGUCGUAGUAGUUGCAGCACUCGUCAUACACCGAACCACAGACACAGAGCAUGAUGAUGUGGAUAUUGGGGACGUCCAUCCAGAUCUGGAGCUUCUCAGCCUGCUGAAACCAGUGGCACAUUUCUCUGGUCUUGACUUUGACAAAGUAACGGGUCAUGGGACUCAGUUGGGAUCAUUAAGGAAUUGGUACACUGGAAUGAGUUACGAGAACGGCUCCAUCACAGUACCGGCAGCAGGAGUGUACCACAUCACAAGUCAUGUCAAGUUCUACGUCGAAGACAACAGGAAAGACGACAAGCAACUCCAAACAUUCCAGCACCAGGUUGUCCGCUAUAGCGCCUCCAGACAGACACAGGUCGUGUUGUUUCAGAAUGCCGUGACUGAGUGUAGAGAGGGUAUCAACGACGGAGCUCACCUGGAGUACCCGAGUGAUGCUGGUGGACUGGCUCAGUUAGAUGCUGAUGACCAGGUGAUGGUGAAGGUGUCCCACUUACAGACGCUGAAGCAUGAUCGCGACUGGCACUAUGUUGAUAUACAUAUUGUAUAAAGAGAAGUUUGAGUGCCACCACUAUCAGAUAUCUCGUUAGCGCAGUAGCUUGGUGCUUCGUACGUGUCAAGAGAAAUGAAUGAAAUGAAUGAUGAAAUUUACGGAUUAAAAAAUUUAAAGUUUAUAGACCAAGUACUAAUAGCCUUAUACUGAAUAAAAUGUUUUUCAAUUGGA